GGCUACCGGAGAGCGCGGAGCCCGCGGCGCGGGGAGGCGCUCGGCGUGCGCGCAGUGAGGAGCCCCCGGCCCAGCAGCCCUCCCGGUACGCUGCACCCGGCCCUUUCCGCGCGCCGCUUUGGCUGCGAGUCCGGCCUGGACCUGCAGGGCAGGACGGGGAGAGGGGGCGGCGGAGCCUCCCAGGUGACGGCAGAAAACUCUUCAACAAUAAAUACACGUAAUAAGAGCCAUGGCUUUAAAAGUGCUCCUGGAACAAGAGAAAGCAUUUCACACCAUUGUAGUUUUACUGGCCUAUUUGGCAUGUAAAGUGAUUUGUGAAACAGGAGACUGUCGACAGCAAGAAUUCAGGGAUCGGUCUGGAAAUUGUGUUCUCUGCAAGCAAUGUGGGCCAGGAAUGGAGUUGUCUAAGGAAUGCGGCUUUGGCUACGGGGAGGAUGCCCAGUGCAUGACAUGCAGGCCGCACCGGUUCAAGGAGGACUGGGGCUUUCAGAAAUGCAAGCCGUGCCUGGAGUGCGCCGCGGUGAACCGCUUCCAGAAGGCCAACUGUUCCGUCACCAGCGAUGCCGUCUGCGGGGACUGCUUGCCGGGAUUUUAUAGGAAGACAAAACUUGUUGGUUUUCAAGACAUGGAGUGCGUACCUUGCGGAGACCCUCCUCCUCCUUAUGAGCCACACUGUACCAGCAAGGUCAACCUCGUGAAGAUCCCAUCCACGGCCUCCAGCCCACGGGACACAGCCCUGGCGGCCGUAAUCUGCAGCGCCCUGGCCACCGUCCUGUUGGCCCUGUUCAUCCUCUGUGUCAUCUACUGUAAGAGGCAGUUUAUGGAGAAAAAACCCAGCUGGUCUCUGAGAGCACAAGACAUUCAGUACAACGGUUCUGAACUGUCAUGCUUUGACAGACCUCAGCUCAAUGAAUCUGCUCCCAGAGCAUGUUGUCAGUGCCAUCGGGACUCAGCCCAAACCUGUGGGCCUGUUCACUUGAUUCCAUCUCUGUGCUGUGAUGAGGCCUGCAGCGUGGACCGGGUGACUCUAGGCUGUAGGGUGCAUUCCAAGGCCACUCUUCAGGAGAGACACACAGGUCCAGCGGGGGAAACGGUGCCCACGUUCUUUGGGUCCCUUUCGAGGUCCAUCUGUGGUGAGUUUUCAGACGCCUGGCCUCUGAUGCAAAAUCCCAUGUGUGGCGACAUCUCUCUUUGUGACUCUUGUCCCGAACUCUCUGGAGGAGAUACUCAUUCUCUCAACCCAGAAAACGAAAGCUUGUCCUCCUUGGAUUCAAACAGUAGUCAGGAUUUGGUUGGUGGAGCUGUUCCGAUUCAUUCUGAGAACUUUACAGAAACUACUGAUCCCUCUAGACGUAACCACUCGCUGACAGAGCCAGUGCUGACUCAGGAUACGCUGACCACCAGAAGCCAGCUGCAUCACGAGAGUGGCGACAUCGUCAGCCUGACCACGCAGACGUCCCUCCAGGAAGCUUAAAGGACUUGCUUCUUUCUGCAGUAGAAGAAUAUGGAUGGAACCCAGCGGGCACUCACUCCUCCUCUUAGGCUUAUGGACUGAGCACAGUCUGGACCCUGUGUGGCUUCUGGAGGAAAAAAAAUAAAUCUGAACCAAACUGAUGGCAUUUUAAGCCUUUCAACCAGUUGCUUCUGAGCCAGACCAGCUGUAAGCUGAAACCUCAAGGAAAAACAAGAAAAGACUCCAGGCACUCAUGAUACUCUGCAUCUUUCCUAAACAAGAAGCUUCCAUGCCACAAGCGUAACUUCAAAGACUGAUGGCUCGAGUUCGCAGCCUACGAGAUUAUGAGCAUAUAACAAGAAACAGAAAUGCAUUCAUGCUUAUUUUCGUGGCGAGUGUGGUUUUACCAGACUGAAGACCCAGAGUAUAAGUUUUCAUUUACACUUUCUUUCCAGAAAUAAUUUCGUAUAGCCGAUUAUCCUACUAAAAGUCAGUGUCACAUUAGUUACCUUAGUUUUUAUGUAGAGUGGUUCAAAAAUGAGUGUAUUUGAUGAAGCUCACUUUUUCAUCAUCUGAUUAGCUUCAGAGGUUAGAAUAGACUUCAUACUGCCUGCCUAAAUCAGGGGUUUGUUAGAUGAAGUUAACUAGCCUAACUGGGAAUCAGAGGAGAGCAAGUCUUUUCCAGAAUCGACACUUGUAGCCUUCACCACUGAACCCCUGCUGGAGCUAGCGGGGAGAGGGGCCUGAGCUGGGGAAGUGGUGCGGAAAGAGUGCCCACCGCCCUGCAUGAAAAACCACUUAGCACACGUACCCUAGAGACUUGUAUACAAUGAUUAACAUAUUUCUGUGAAAAUCAGUUGAUACGGAAGCAUUUGUUAGUUCUGUCCCUGUGAUUGAGCUUAGAAGAUCCAGAAUUCCUCUCUUAUAGAAGAGUGAUAAUUUAUAAAGACAAUGGUUUCUUUUCCUCCACCCCGCCUCCACCUCCUGCCUCUGACAACCACCAACCUGUUCUCUCUACCUGUGAGUUUGUUUUUGCUUUUGCUUUUUUGCAUUGUAUCUGAUACCAAGGGCUUUAGAAAUUACUGCCUAUCUUGUUCCCCUACUACUGAAAUGUAACACCACGUAUGUCAUCUUAGGAGACUACACUACAUACUAGAAGCCCAAUUUGUAAGCGGCCUAUAGGUGAACAGUUCCUCAGGGUCCUCAUGACCAAGUAGCCCUCCGACCGUGCACAUUUCGUUAGCACAGAAAUCUCCUACCUUAGCCAGUGAUGCUGGACUUAAGUGUGGUGUCAGGCGCCCCAUCCCUGAUAUUUACACACUAGAAUUUUCUCUAUGGCUAAGAUAGAAAUGAACCCAGUUCAGUCAUGAACCGGGGGACGGUUCACUUGCUCUUAAUUUUUAUGCCCUGGGAGGAAUUACUAGAGCAGGAUUUAUCUGUUUCCUCCUUGAACCUACAUGAUCAGCUCUGGCCUUUGUCUUUUAACUGAUUACUAUUAGCUGAGUCACAUUUGCACUUAAAGAAGUCAAACAUGACUGUGUUUGAGUGCACUAAAAUACUUGGUUUCACAGUCGCCCCCUCUCCCCCCGAUCAGUGUUUUUUACCUAAUAUUAAACUGAACAUGCAAAAACUCUUUCUUAGGACAUUUUUCUUUCUUCUCACUUACUAGACCAUGCUUUUCUCUCUCUGUAAGACAUGAGGAAAAUCUAAUGAGCCCUCUUCCUCAUGGCUGGGCCAGUUUCUCUCCCCCUUAGUCUUAGGCUCUAAUAUGUGUGGAUUAGCUUGCCUGGGCUCCGUUCUUCUCAGGACCUCAGUUCCUUGAACCAAAAUAAGAAAUUGGAGUAGUCUCGGGGCGACCCAUAAUCUUUUGUGUCCGUCUAGUGCCCUCUUUUCUUUUCCUCUCUUAACAUUAACCAAUGGUUUUUAAACUUUGAUAACUCGCCAGCUCUUAUGAGAGUUGCCUUUAGGAAAGUCAUGUAAAAUAUUUAGGAUUUGACCACAAGAUGUCUAUGAAAAUGCACGCUAGAGUUUCCUCGAGUGGCUUCACUGUAAUUCACAUAUGCAUGCCAUUGUUUGCAAGCUGAUCGUUUUGUUUUGACAGAGGGAUGAUCAAAGUCGGCCAGGGUUGUGUUCCUUCUGGUGACCUGAAUAUAUUUUCCACAUGUAGAAACCCUCCUCGACUUCAAAGACAAAUACUUGCUGGAGAAAGCUAGAUGGAUGGGCAUGAGACUGUAGCCCCAAACCCUGAAUCAUCCCUUUGGAUCACUAAGGAAAUGCUUAGGUUGAAAGUCGAUUUCAUUUGAUACUGCAUUUGAAAACUCCUGGGGCUGUUGUACCAAGAUGAAGACAUUUUACCACCGCCCGCUGCAGAAACAUAAUGUUAGAUUCUAUAGUCUGUGUAAACACUUGAGAGGGAAAGCCCAGUCUGCAUUUUGCACAGUUGGAAUACCCUACAGCGCGCACAGGAACUCGGCCGCGAGGGUACAGGUCCCAGGAAAUCAUCAUCGGGUCUGGGAGUGAGAAUCGGGGUGACUUCGAAUGUUGCAGAAACCCACCAACAAGAAUGAGACAAGGAUUUGGGGAACGACCAUGUAAAGGCAUGGUUUUCUCAUUUUGUGUAUAUGGAAUAUGUUUUUCAAAUAUAGAGUUUUCUACUUUAGAUAAAACAUUAAGUUGCUAUUACCUAGUUAAGCUCUAUUGUCUGUGCUAAGGGUAAAAAAAAAAAUGUUGAAAAGAAAAUGAAAAAAGCCCAUCAUUGCUUGAAGGUCGCCAGCUUGAAUCGAUUUAGAUGUCAUCGUUACUAUUUUGCAUACUGGAAUUUAUAAAUUUGUAAAUUUUCAUUUUCUUAUACAAUAGUUUUGUAAUGCCCUUUUUUAUAUGUGAAUAAAAUUGUUACCUGGUAUUAGUAUU